UACGGGUGACCUGAUAUAAUUUUGUAAGCCCGUUUAUCAAGAUGGCCGCCAGUAAGAGUUGUCGCACUUCCCCAAGCCCGCAGUGAUAAUCCUUCAAGAAGAGGGUCCACUGACUAAUCUAAAGGCUUUACUUAUAUAAAGAAGUUUUUUCAGAGUAUAAAGGCUCUACUACCUGACUCUGGCGUUUCUUUGAGACCCUAUCAAUCCUGACUGCAGGACAGCUCGGUUUGGUGUUGCUUUCUUCCCUACUCACAAAGAACCAUUUAUUCCUCUCUCCUCGACUACCCUACAAUCUUAAAGAGUCCUAAAGGAAUCCAGUAACUGUAGAGAGUGCUUUAAAAGGCAUCAAACAAAGCGGCCUCUUGUCUCCUAUCGAGAGAGUCUAAGCUAAACACAUAUUUUGUACAAUAUUUAUCCGUAUAUAUAAACAGGGCAAAUUGUGAUCUAAUUUUGUGGAUUUGUAAUCAAGAGGAAAAGGGACAACUAAUAUUGUGUAUUAGUAAUUGUGACAGUCGGUCCCUCUUCUGGUCAGUAGGAUCCUGGCUUGAUACAUAGAAUCAUGGCUGACCAAGAUGGCAGUAUUAUGCAAAAAAUCCAAGCCAUUACUGCCCCACCACAUCCUAGUCCAACCUCUAAGCAAAGACGUGGGAAGUCAAAGCCAGUGAACAACACUCAAUCAACGAACCCACGUCAAUCCGGUAUUGACAAUCACCCCUACUGUGACGCGUGUGGGGAUGGUGGGGACCUCCUUUGUUGCGAAAGGUGUCCCGCCUCUUUCCACUUCAUUUGCUGUGACCCUCCACUUGAUCCCCUCAAUCUCCCAGAGGGUGAGUGGGUGUGUAACAGCUGUCGCCCACUCCCUUCGAAUAUUGAGUGUCACCACAAUGAGCUCUUUAGGCCGCUACUGACGCAGGCCUGCUGUGAGAACCCUCUUAUAUUUUAUCUUCCUCCCGAUAUGAUGAGAAUGACUAAAUUCCACGAUGUAAAGCAAGAGAGAAGACAACUACAAAAUGAUAGUACAAUGAUACUUCACUGCUACUUGUGUAACAAGAGUUCUAGACAUGGUCCUAUGCUUAGCUGUGAUUUCUGUCCCCUCAGUUAUCACAUGGAUUGUUUGACCCCACCUAUAACUGACACGCCCCUCCCAGCCUCUUGGAUGUGCCCGAAUCAUGUUGAGCAUUCAGUAGCUGGUCUACAUGAUGUUAGGCUGAGUGUGAGGAAAAAGGCGCUCGAGAGAUGUAGAGCUGAGAUUUCUAGACAGUCCAUAAAAAUUGAUUUUCUUAACAAAAUCAAAAAAAUCCCUCACCACAAACGAAAUACAGAUAGAACUAACAGACGAACGACUGAAGUUCCAGCUGCUAUCAAAGACCUAUAUGCCCGCCCGUUAGUUGACACUGCUUCUGUACCACCUCUCUCUCACCUUCUGCUGACUGCCACUGAACAGCUGGAGCUGCUAAGGAGAGAGGGAGAGAGGGAAAGAGAGAGUGUCCACUUUCCUCCUGUUCAACCUCUGACUAUGGAACAAAAUGAGUGGACCACUCGUAGGGUAAUGGAGACCCAACCCCUCCCACUUCACUCAAGCACGACUACCGACUUACAAGAAAUACUUGGAACUAAACCUUCCCCUCCUCCUCCUCCUCCUAUUUGUAACGGGACAGCCCCGGGGGACUUACCUAGCAACAAUAGACUGCCCACGCAUCCGUCACAAAUCAUUCCUAAUCUUGACGCUAUGGAUGAGAAAUUCGUAAGACUGUUAGCAACACAAAGACUUCAGCAAAUAUUAGGAUCUGCCUCUAAUACUCCCGGGGACACUUUAGCUCCUCCCACUGUCAAUAAAACACUCAAUGGGUUGAGACUGCAGGACACACCCCUCGCCCCGCCCACCAUAUCACUCCAAAACAAGAAGAGUGCAAAGAAAGGAGUUAAGAGAAAGAGAGAUUUCGAAUCAGUCUGCAUUCUGUGCCCUUUGGCAACAGCUGGUCCAGCCAUUCCACUCUUAACCACAUCAGUAUCAAUAGGAUCUGGUUCUGACAUGGAUGUGUGUUUAGCAAGAUACGGUCAUUGUAAUUACAUUUCCUCACAUCAUGCUUGUCUCAUUAUUGAUAAGGAAACUGGAGAGUACGAACUGAUCAACUACAGUGAACACGGUUCUAUUGUCGACGGGGUACUUUAUUCUUGCGACUUCUCUGAGAAGGCUCCACCAAGAGAGGAGCCCAUGUUAUUUCUUGACGACGUACUAGCGAUAGGAGAUGGAAGGAGAGCACUCAAUGCUAAGAGGAGACUUGAAGCUGCACGUGCUAAUUUAAAAGAUCAAGAAAGAGCCAAGACGGCUCUCUCAGCUGCUCUUAAAUUGAGUAAAUCAAUAAACAAAGAGUGUGUUAUUGAUUCAUCUCGCCUGCCGGAGAGUUUAAAAAGGCAACAGAAUUACUCGUCGAGCUCCAGCGAGCCUCCUAGCUCCCCGGAGAGCAGCUGUAACGAGUUUCCAAGUCACGUUCCUACAUCCACUAGCAAUUCGAGUGAAUCUAGGACUAACGAGAAUCACAAUGUGUCUUCGUCGUCAGCGACUUCUUUGUCUCAAUCAUCAAACAAAAACCUUACAACCUCCUCCUCUUCUUCUACUGCUUUAAAAUCGUCUUGUUUGUGUAAAAGAAGUGCUUCUAGCCUGAUUGGAGGGAGUGGCAAAGGAUGGGAGGGGUCAGCUCUAGUGUUUCAUGGCAGUAAACUAAGGUUUGGUUGUAUACAGUUGGUCCUUAGUAUUUCUGAUAGACCCGGGCAUUCAGAGCUGCUCCAUGCACUAAUGGACGCUCAUCUUUUAUAAUGAUAAAUGUCUCGUCCCUCCUACCAUCGAUAUCAUCAGAAAACUCAUGCUACGAAUUGUUACUAUAAUUCUUAUUAUUAUUGUUAUUGUCGUUGUUAUUUAUCAUCCCUCCCUCUCUCUCUCUCUCUCUCUCUCUCUCUAAUGUUUUUCCUUUCUCUCUCUCUCUCCGAUACAUUUCUUGUUUAUUUUUCAAUUCAGACAAAUUUUUAAAUAAACACUA